ACACGUGACUCCUCUCCGCCGGACCGCCGCCGCGCCGCCAUCAUGGACACCAGCCGCGUGCAGCCCAUCAAACUGGCUAGGGUUACCAAAGUGCUGGGCAGGACCGGCUCGCAGGGCCAGUGCACGCAGGUGCGCGUGGAAUUCAUGGACGACACGAGUCGCUCCAUCAUCCGCAACGUGAAAGGCCCUGUUCGUGAGGGCGACGUGCUCACCCUUUUGGAGUCAGAGCGAGAAGCUAGGAGGCUGCGCUGAGCUUGGUGCUGGGUUCUGGAUGAUGUCUAGGUCCACCACCUGGCCUCCUGGGAAGAGCCUGCCACUGUCAAUAAACCAUUUAUAUUGUAUGUAAACUGCUUGUUGCCUGACUUGCAUUA